AUGCACACCGGCGUCACCAUCCACCGUGGACCCUACGAAACCAUCCCACCCACCGCAUCCCCUGGCCUUCUCUUUCUCCAGCGCUUCCUCCCUGCCACCGACUCCCUCGACCCAAACAAACUCUCCAUCAGCCCCUUCUUCACGCCGAACGCCCCCAUCAUCGUCGGCAGCAAUCCACCCAGCGCCACCAGCGGCACAAUCCCCCUCCUCCAAGUCCGCGGCCGGCAAGUCGCCCAAUUCCACCACGAAGUCCACAUCGCCUGGGACAUGGACCUCAACCGCGAGACCGGCGCAGUGAAUGCCAUGACAGACACAGCUACUGGGCCAAAUACCGGGACGCCCUUCGCCCCGCUAACCGGCGGCGUCCUCGUCAAGCGCACGGUCAUGUUCGAGGCCACGUCGGAGACGGUGUUUAAGCAGGAUCCAGACCAGUUCCCUGUCAAGGUACGGGAGUUUAAUAUCCUUGAUCUGGAAGGGAAUAGCCUUGAUGAUCUGCAGAUCGUUGAGAUGAGGAUUUUCUCAGACUCGAGACCAGUUCAGGCUCGCGCUGCUGAGUUGCAUAAGUCGUCGGCUUUUGGGGACGGCGCUACGCAGGAGGCGCCGCAAUCUCUUUGA